AUGGCGCAGAACCACGAGGAUUUGGCCGCCGAGCUCCACGAAGAGCUUGGUGAGCGCGUGCCUGAUCAGAAGAAGACUGAUCUGGCUGGCGGCUACAUCGCCCCAUCUGAGAUUGACGAGAAGAGGUCUAUUGACAAGGCUCACUAUGCUUCUGAUCCUGAGUACGGCACCACAAUCGACGGCGAGGAGCCCAACGACCAUGAGAGGGCUACUCUUCGCCGUGUCGGAGAGAACCUCCCUGCUUCGGCCUUCCUUAUUGCUGUUGUCGAGUUGACAGAACGAUUCGCCUACUAUGGUGCCCAGGGUCUUUUCCAGAACUACAUCUCCAGCGCCGAGGACGCUACCCCCAGAGGUCUCGGUAUGGGUAACAAGGCUGCUACCGGUCUGAACCUAUUCUUCCAAUGGUUCUGCUACGUCACCCCCAUUCUUGGUGCCAUCAUCGCCGAUCAGUACCUUGGCAAGUACAAGACCAUUCUGCUCUUCUGCGGCUUCUACUGGGUCGGUCUCAUCGUCUUGUGGACUACCUCGCUCCCUGUUGCUAUGGAAGCCGGCGCUGGAAAGCCUGGUUACAUCGUCGCCAUUAUCAUUAUCGGUUUGGGAACUGGUGGUAUCAAGUCCAACAUUGCGCCCCUUAUUGCCGACCAGUACCAACGACGCAGAAUGGCCAUCCGAACCGAAAAGACCGGAGAGCGAGUUAUCAUUGAUCCUGCCAUUACUUACCAACGUAUCUACAUGAUCUUCUAUUGGUGCAUUAACGUCGGUGCCCUGUCGCUGAUGGCCACUCCCUUCAUGGAGAAGUACAAGGGUUUCUGGACUGCCUACCUCAUGUGUUUCAUCAUGUUCAACGUCGGUAUCAUCACUCUGAUCCUCCGUCGCAAGUCCUUUGUCAACCGCCCUCCCCAGGGUUCCGUUAUCACCGAUGCCUUCAAGGCUCUUGGUAUGAUGAUUGCCGCCCGCAACACCGAUGCUGCUAAGCCUACAUGGCGUGCCGCCAACGGAAAGACCCAGUCUGUCCCCUGGAACGAUCAUUUCGUCGACGAGCUGAAGCGUGGUCUGCGUGCUUGCAAGGUCUUCGUCUUCUACCCCAUCUUCUGGGUUUGCUACGGCCAAUUCUCGACCAACUUUGUUACUCAGGCUGGUCAGAUGGAGGGUCACGGAAUGCCCAAUGAUUUCAUGCAAAACUUUGAUCCCAUUUCUAUUCUGAUCUUCACUCCCAUCAUUGAGAAGGUCGUCUACCCCAUUCUGCGUCAUUUCGGCAUCGAGCUCCGACCUAUUGCGAGAAUCACCAUUGGUUUCUGGUUCGCUGCCCUCUGUCUCGCUUACGCUGCUAUCGUCCAGCACUUGAUCUACAACGCUGGACCUUGUUACGGUACACCCGGCGAGUGUGCUGCUGGCCAGGAUGGCAGCAACAAGCUGCCCAACCACGUGCACAUCGCCAUCCAGACACCUGCCUACAUCUUCAUUGGUGUUGCCGAGAUCUUCAUCUCUGUAACUGGUCUUGAGUAUGCCUACACCAAGGCUCCUCCUUCCAUGAAGUCGUUCGUCCAGUCUAUCUACCUCUUCACCAACGCUUUCGGUUCCGCCAUCGCCGAGGCUCUCGUUUCCGUUGCUGAGGACCCCAAGUACCUGUGGCUCUACACUGGUGUCGGAAUUUCCUCUUUCAUCACUGGCUGCGUCUUCUACUUCCUCUUCCGUCAUUACGAUGCCCAAGAAGAUGCCAUGUACGACUUGGAUCGGGAUGAGCCAGAUAUCACCCACAACGGCCUCGCGCCCAAGAAGGUUGAAGAGUAA